AAACUCCUCGCGAUUAGACCUUCCCGUGCACGUUCCUAUCUUACGUCCGUGAUGGCGGCUGUACCUGAUAUGUCGCACCUCACCCCUGAGGAGAGGAGCACCAUCGAGGAGGUUAUAAUAAGGCAAAAGCAGGAGGAAGAGAAGGAGAAUGAGAUUAUGAGACGGAAGCAAGACGAAGUGAAGAUCCUGGAGGAGAGGAUACGGGCCUGCUCGGAGAAACACAAGAAGGCGGGAGUGGAGCUGCACGCCACGUGUCACAUAUGCUUGAAAACCAAGUUCGCCGACGGCGUCGGCCACAUCUGCAACUACUGCAGCAUCCGGUGCUGCGCACGCUGCGGCGGAAAGGUCACUCUACGGUCGAACAAGGUAAUAUGGGUGUGCAUCCUCUGUCGCAAGAAGCAAGAACUGCUGUCGAAGACCGGACAAUGGAUAACGAAGGGUGGCCUGAGCGCCGGGGACAACGCGAUGCUGCGACGGAUGCAGGAAAUGCAGGUGGGUGGUCCUCCGGGACUCGUGGACCAAACUCAGGAUAAAAGACCGAAACUGGAGAGAGCGCACAGCGCGGCUGAAAAGGAGAAUUUACCAUUGUUACUAAGGGGCGGAAGCUUGCUCAGAAGACAGUACUCUCAGCAAGAGCAAGGCCCAGGGCGUCGACUGCCGACGAGCGAUAGCGGAGUGGACAUGUCCGUUUCGCCUCACUCGAGAAGCCUGCCGACGCCCCACGUAGCACCGUCGCAUCAGACGCAGCAGCAACCGCCCAGGCAUCCGGACGCGUACGCGGAGGAUGACCCGAAUCUGUACACAGGCGAGAUCGACGGUCUCAUGAAACAACAGAACUACCAGAGACAACGACCGAUCUACCCGGAUCAAAACACGGACCUCGCGAUGACAUAUGGUCAACCAACGGUAGAAGCCGGCCCACCACGAAGCGCGGUGCAUCCCCCGCAGCAACACUCGGUGCAUCAAACGCAGAGCGCGCACCCACAGCAACCGGUAGGUGGUCAGGGUGGUCUUCAGCCACAGAGGAGCUUCAGCAGCAGCGAGGAAGAACGGAGCACACCCGAGUGUGCUAGCGACGAGCCUGACGAGUCCGAGAAGGGGAAGGGGUACUACCACCAUACGGGAGGUCCGAUAUCAAUGUCCGGCGGUGGACGUAGGCACAACGGACCCCACAACGGCCACCACAACAUGACUGCGAUGACCAUCGAAUAUAACGGUCAUCAUCCACCGCGAGAGCCGCGAAAAGAGGAGAGCACUCUUGUGAGACGGAGCUUCCGAAGGAGUGGCGACGAGUGGCGCUCCGACAGUAGGAGGUUCACGGAGAGGAGGGGGAAAAAGACAGUGCGAUUUGACGGUGGGACCAAUGUCGGCGGCCCUCAGGAGGAUUGGUCUUGGGAGGCCGAUCGGCAGGGUAGCCAAGACAGCGCGACCAAAGACUCCGGGAUAGACACCUCUAGCACGUUCACGAGCAGUGAGGACAGCAACAGGGGCGACCUGCCCAAGGUCUUUCCUCGAGCGCAAAGAAAACCAUGGCCAGGCAGCCGCUUUCGAUUAGAAGUUACGAUACACAUAUAAUAGGAGAACGAAAGUAGCCGGUGGAUGAUCGAGUAAAAGGGGUCUCUGUCGCGCGCGUGCCUCAAACGCGCGAAAGAGCGAAAAGAGCGUAAAGAAAGCAAACGCGGUUCACACGAUCACAGAUUUCACAGGCUGUGUUUCUUCUUCUUCUUUUUUUUUUCUUUUUUUUCUUCGCUUUUGUU